AUGGCUCACGAUAACGGCCAGAUGCCCCAAGCGGAUCUUUUGGAACAAUUGGCCAUAAGGGAAAGACAGCUGGAGCAACUGCAACAAGCGUAUGUACAGCUCCAAGGAAAUGGAAACAACCCAGCCCAACAAGAGCGGUUGUUCAAAAACAUCAAUCGUUUGGCAACCUUUACGGGAACCGGGGAAAUCUCCAUCAACUCCUUCUUCAGUAGCGUGGAGUACCUGUUACAGACGGUAGAGGACCCACAACUCAAGAGAGAAGCCACAAGGACAAUAUUCUACAGGACAAUUCAGGGUCAAGCAAAGGAUGCAGUAAUAAAUAUCCCGGAGCCGGACAACUGGGACCUGAUAAAAGCCACCUUGAAGUUAAGGUACAGACCAGACACGGAGCCGCACCAAAUCUACAAGAGGAUAUGUGACCUGAGAGUGAAUUCGAAAAUACUAACGACGACUAUGUUGCUGACGACAAUACUAAUGAAAUGGCAAUAA